AUGGCGUCUGCGGURAGAAGUAUUCCAACGCCAAAAUUUUCACAAGGAGAGACUGUUUUAUGCUAUGAACCUGAUCUGACAAAAUCCAGAGUCCUUUAUGAGGCAAAGGUUAUUGAGGUGGACGUGACAAAAGAUGAAAAGGGCAAGAAAGUACCUGAGUAUUUUAUUCAUUUCAAUGGUUGGAAUAAAAGCUGGGACAGAUGGGUGCUCGAAGAUCAAGUAUUAAAGAACAAUGAUGCCAACAAAGCCCUCAAAGAGAAGCUUCAUGAGCAAGCUUUUCACUUUAAGAAGAAACGCAAGCAAAAAGUGAGUGCAACCUUGUCAAAUAAAUCAGAUGAAACUGCAUCUACAUGCAAUGCAGGAAAGUCAGAUACUGAGGAUAUUGUUGAUAAUCCAGAACAGCCAAAAGUAGAAAUUGAAAUUCCAAGUCAGCUUAAGCUGAAAUUGGAAGAUGACUGUUACUUUAUCAAGAGAAAAAAGAAGCUKGUUCAGUUGCCAAGAAGUCCCUGUGUUGAUGAAGUUGUGGAUGAAUACUACAAACACUACAUGGAGGCCAACCCAGAGGCAAGUGGUCAUUUAGUCAAAGAGCUCAUGGAUGGCUUAAAAAUAUACUUCAAUUUCACCCUCCCGACCCUGCUGCUUUACAACUUCGAAAGAGAGCAGUUCAGAAGCAUAAUGCAAAUAACUUCAGACAAUGAUGUCACAAUAAACAAAACUGAAAAUGGAAAGACUGAAGAAAAGUGUAGUAUUGUCAGCUCAACCACUGAGAAUGCAAUGGCUAGUGAUGUGUCAACCUCACCAAAGGAAAAAGAAAAGAGAAGCCUACGAAGAAGACCAUUAAGAAGCAAUCCUGUUCAGGCUGAACAACAAACCAGCCAAACAAAUCAAACCAGUAUUGAAAACACUGAACAAACAGAGCCAAUUAAUCAGACCAACAUAACACUUCUUGAAGAUACCCAAUCUGCAUCUGUGUCAUCAACAUCAUCGCCAGAUGCUUCUAUCAAGCUGUCUAUCAAAAGAAAAGCAAAAGAAUUAGAAGAAGAAUCAGAAACAUCAGUUGAAAACACUCCUGUUGCUGCUUCUGCUUCUUGUCCAGCUUCUCCAACAUCCAUCACAGCUGCUCUUCUACCUGCUUCCUGCAAAACACUUCCAUCUAAAAUUUAUGGUCCAGAACAUCUUCUUAGACUAUUUGUGAAACUUCCAGGUUUGCUUGGCAGGACAGAUAUGCCUGAAGUGAAUUUGACCGCAUUGCUGGAUCACAUAGACUUGUUUUUGAGGUACUUAGUGGAAAAAUUCAAUGUGCUUUUUCCUGCAGAUGUUUAUCAGAGCUUUCUGUAGCAAACUGAGAGAUUACAAACUUGCUGAAUCCUUUGUGCAAAUCAUAUYAGUACGGUGUACAUUGCUUUUAUUUGUACUAUCUCACAUAAGCGAUUAGAUGGAUGGAGUAGAAAGUGAUACUGAAGUACAUGCUUGUAUCCAAGAAUGUUAUAAGUUAUUUACUAGAGUCUCAGUCAUAAUUUAAGUUUUCUUUAUAUUUAUAUAUUAAAUAAAAAUGCUACAUUGUUACUGACAUGAGUCUUUUUGUGCCUAAGCUUGCUAAACUAAGGAACAUUGGGGAUAUUCUAUCCUAGCCAGCCUUAUUUAAACAAUAGAGUAAUCAGAUCUCCUGAAUGAUCAAAAUGCAGUUCAAGGGUAACUAUCAGGCGCAUAGCAUGGACUUUUUGUCUAGUACGCACGUCAUGGAGCACGACACAUAUUAUGGAUCGGGGUUUAGCGACCGCAGAAGCUGGUCGAGUAUUGAGGGUGGUCUGGGGUCCUCCCCAGGAAAUUUUAAAAUAACUCUUCGAAAUCUUUUUGAUAACGAAGCCUUGGUUGGAGAAAGCAAGCAAAGACAAUAAUAUAAAAAAAUCCCAAAAAUUGUAAUAUUUCCUUGCCACUAGUAAGCAUGUGCCUAUAUGUAUAAAGGAUGCUAUGCGCCUGACUAUAUGAUGUUUAAGGACCAUCCAGUUUCUGAGAUCUGGUCUAAAAACAUUUCCUAAGUGGUGAGCCCUAUGCAUUAACGUAGAAUGCAAUGGGGGGUCUUUAUCAACAGUACUGUUGGACUUUUUCAAUUGAUUGUUCAAUGAAAAUGACCACUAGUGUGUUGGUAAAUAACCAAAGAAAACAGUGUGAAACCAACUAAAAUGUAUUAGUCUAUAAUCUUUCAAAAAGUCAAAGGAAUUAAAGACUGAGUAUUACAAAG